GAAGGAGGGAUGUGUCCUAAUGGCAAAAAACUUUACGCUUUUUUUCUUUGUGUGCCGGUCAGAGAAACGUCCAGUCUAAAAUCUGAAACUGUAGAAGUUACUUGUUGGAGGAGUUGAGGCAGGCACGUUUUCCCUCUUGUCUCUCAGUUCAUUUUUCCAACCAUUUUCCUCUCUCAAGCAUCCACAUUUCCAGAGGAGCCUUUUCUGUGUGACCACUUCUGUAGGCAGUCCUACAGGAGAUGACAUUCCUCAUGGCACUUCAUCUGAUUGGUCUUUCUGUGAUGCUGUGGUCCAGCAGUCCCAGUCUGGCCACACCCCUCCCUUUCAACAUUUCCUUGGAGGGCAGUGCAGAGGGGGAGGAGCUGGGCAGCCUCAUCCCCACCCCUUCCCCACCUGCCACCAGUGGCCCCGCCUCAGAGUCCCCAACCACCUCAGAUGGGUCCACCCACGUAGAGCCCUUCCUGCUCAGCCUGAUGGUUCACUUCCUGCAGGAGAACAUGCUCCUCAUCCUUGUUGCCUCCAUCCUCUUCAUCACCAUCUUCCUCAUCCUCUGCUGUGCUUGCAUCAUGAGCCGCAAACGGAAGGUCAAUGCCUACUACCCCUCGUCCUUCCCCUCUAAGAUGUACGUGGACCAGAGGGACAAGACCGGAGGUACCAAGCUCUUCAACGAGGUGCCAGAGAAACCCUCCAAUGGGCAGCAGGCUGAACCAAUGGAUUCCAGCAAGCAGCUCCAACAAGACAUCAUGAGGGCAGCCAAGAACCUCCGCACUCCCUCCAAACCUCCCCUGGGCGAGCGAGAGGGAAACAACCCAACACAGAUAGCUGCAGCUGCAGAGAAAAGUCCUGAGGUGAAUGUUCAGGCUGAGGGAGAAAUCAUAGAGAAAGACAACGAGCCAUCGAUUCCACCUGAGCAGAGCGAGGAGGAGGUAUGCCAGCUCUCAGACAGUGAGGCCCAACACUGCAGCUGCCCCAAGCAGCCAGAGAUCCUUCCAGGACAUAUAGGCCUAACAGAGGAUGAUGAGUCACUCACAAGAGCUGCGCUUCCAUCUGGCCCAGGGCACUCACAGGCCCAGCAGGAAGGGGAUAGUCAGGAGGACUCCACUGUCACGCAGUCUAUUCCGUUGAUCACUGGGGAGAAAACAGCAUUUUAACUAUGCUGGACAGUGGACCAGUGGAAGAAGUUAUAGCAAGACAGGCUCAUUGUUAUGGCUGGAAUGGAAUCAAUGGAACGGAGUCAAACAUGUGGUUUCCAUAUGUUUGAU